AUGUCUUCAAAAAUUGCAGGUUUUCAUAUUUUAAUGAUCCCAGAAAGAUGGUAUCAAGAUGCUUAUCAAGGAAUGGACUUAUCUCAAGAAAAUAAUUUAGUGUUCGCAUAUGAAAAAGAAACUAUUAAUAAUACUGAUUCAGAUAAUAUUCUUCUAUUACGCAAAGAAAUCACUAUUCCAAAAUGUGCUUCAAUUUUAAAGAAAGCUAUUGAUAAAAAGACAAAAUAUGGGAGGUUAUGGGGAAUGGCUCGGGAAGCUACUUUACUUGCUUUGGAAUCUAAUGACAAUGAAAUGGAAGUUCUAUUAAAAGAAUAUAUUAAUAAGAGAAAAAGACAAAGAGGAUUAAAUUUGAUAAAUAAUGAUGAUAACAUUCAAGAAGAGCAAUCAGAUAAUAAUACACCAAUUAAUAAUGAAGAAUAUGAACAUCAUGAACUUAAAAACAUUCAAAAUCUAUUAAAAAUAAAAACAAAAGGUCGGCCUCUAACAAAACAGUUCAAAAGUAGUGUUAAAAUUGAAAAAAGUGAUCGUAAUGCAAAUGGUGGAUCUUCAAGCUGAAAUACUUAUAAAUGUCGUAUAUGUGGUCAGGCUGGUCAUAAUGCAGCAUAUCAUAAAAAUAACAAACUUAA